AUGGGAGGACGAGGGGGGCAGGGAGGAUACAAAUUGGGAAAGACGGUCAUUUACGAAGAUGACGACGAGGUAGAGGAAGUGGAUGAACAUAGUAUGUCAGUUCUUUCAUCAUCCAUACCCACCAAACUACCACCAGCCUCCGCCUUUAGUGAGAAGAAGACGCAAAUACGAUUGGAUGGUCUGGAACCCUACGUUCUAGUGUCUGCCAUUACAGCCACGGCUUCCUUUGAUGUCGUCACAGGAGGGAAGACAGUCCAAUUUUUUAUGGUGGUGAUGUUUGGGACCAAGCCUUUCGACAAGGCUGCUUUGGCACGAGAAGACGAAGCACAUCAAGUCUACCAACAGUUUUUCGAUUUCACAGCCUCCUACCGGUACAAGGGGUACCAAGCUUUUUUGUGGUCCUUGAUUCUAUUCGUCAUGGAUCUCUUUUUAUUUGCCAUUGCCUACUUGCCAGAAUCCAUUAGGCCCUUUGCAGCACUGGGAGCAGCACCCAUUAUUUAUACCUGUUGGAACGAUUGGCAAGCAGUUAUUAAGGCGGCAAGCAUCAUCUAUGCUCCUGCAACGCCCAUCCAAGUUGACAAUGACGAUACUAAUGACGUUGAUUUCAAUGGCGAUAAUAUUGGCAGCGGCACAAAUGCUGAGCAACAUUGA